AUGCUACGACACAUCUCCGGCACACCGUGUCCCAUGCCGCCAUACAGAAGCAAUGCAGACAAUUCAAUUCUGAGCUUAGUCGACGGUGAUGGUGACACGACAGCAAACAUCGAAUUCACGUCGGCAUUUGGAGGCUUGAAAAACACGAAGCCACGGCGUAUGCGUAACGCGGCCUCAGUGCGGAGGGCGACCCAGAAUGUCGAUUUCUCGAUUCACGAGGACCCAGAGUCGAUACAGAAGAAGUCUGUUGAGCUCAAGAGGGAGCCGGCAAGACGGAAGAGCACGAUAGGGCUUUCGCAGCCACCCCAACGACCAAAGAUUGCCGCGCGCGUGUCCUUUGCUCCGUCGGUCUCGGUGCAAAGUCACGAGUCAGCACGUCCAUCAUCGAGACCCUCGGGGGUAGUCGAACUUCACCAGGCGCCCCGACGGCACGGAGCAGACCAUGCGACUGGAAACCACGACAUGUCGCUUCUGCCCAGUCUCCCUGAAGAUACGACAGCUAACAUCAACAUGGACCUGCGUUCACCGACGAUACUCAAGCCAGCUCGGCGCGGCACGAUAUACAUUCCGAACGACGACACAACGAUGCCGAGCAUGUACAUGGGGAUAUUCAGUCCUAUCAAGAACCUGAAUGUCGACGCGCACCCAAAACCAGCAGAUACGCAUGCUGAGCUGGAGGUGACGGGGAUCGCGGCGCAGAUGGCCAGAAAGAGAGCCGCACCACGUCGCUCUAUGAUCGCUCUGUCCCCGAAACGUGGUGGACCUCUUCGCGUUUCUUCGAGAUACGUUCAGGAAUCCGCCGUUGUCGAAGAUCGGAUAGGGCAGGGAGGGGGCAAAGAGAACGUCCCGCCUGGAUAUGUCGAGUCGGGUUUGCUGGCAGGAGCCAAGGUCGACAAGGCGAAGACACAGACGAUGGGUUAUCCACCCACAAGAACCACAAUCAAACACGACCUAAAGCCAGCUGCAUCCAGACUCCAUGAGCAAACGGCUAGUUCGAUGAGUCGAGCGGUGGAAAAGCAACCAGGUCGCACCGUCGGCACAGCAGGGUCAAAGCGGUCGUGGAACUCUGGUGCACGGGUCCGCACAAGUCAACCUGUACCAGUCAAGAAACCCUCGCCGUCGCCAGCAGUGGAACUACAAGAAAAAGUCGUCCCUACGAAGCCAACUGUGCCUACUCGCUUCGUGGCUCCAGUGAUCAAAGCGGAGCCCAUCCUCGACUCGUAUCCAGUACUCACAGAGGAUCUUGCGUCUCCGUCAAUGUACGAGGACAACUGGUUGAAUCAUCAAGAGAUUGCCAUUACACAGCUUGUCAACAACCUGUACGCAUCGUCGUCGUCACUGACGUCCCGCCCAGUCGAAGACGGCAUGCUCAGAGUCCAAUUACUAGAACUCUAUAACAACUCCGAAACCAGCAUGCUGUUCAAGAGACUGCAGGGAGCACUGCUUUAUGGAGCCUUGGCCGUACCGAAUGAUAUUCUCAAGGGUGCAAUCCGACUAGGGACGGACUUGGGGAGACGGAAGGCGUUUGCGGACCUAUGGCUUGAGACAUAUGAACUGAAUUCCCUCCGUGCGGUUCUUGAGGUCGUCGUAGGCAGACAGUGCAAUACCACCUCUGCCAGAGUGUCCGCGACAAGACGCAGCUUGGACAAAGAGAAGGACUUGAGUCGUCAAACGGUGCAGCGGUUCAUCGAGACAUUUCUCAUCCGAAACGAAGAUCGCAACCCAGACGAGGCUUCAUCAAAACCGCAUGAUUCAGCCUGGUCGUAUCAGCGAACACUUUUGCGAAGCUUGAUGGUUAUUAGACUCCUCGACCAUAUCAAGACAGCUUCACCUCCAUUGACCAGCUCGUGCCUAUUUCGAACGACCUCUCCGCACAAAUCGUCAGUUGAUGUCGUCAAGGCUCUUUUCCAGCAGCUCAACCCCAGCGCCGGCGACCCGAUCAGAUCGUUGAGCCAUGUCGGCUACGGUGUCUCGCACUCUCAGUAUCCCCUGGAAGAGUACGGGUACAAGAUUGAAAAUCUCGCGAUCGACCUCCGUGACGGUGUCCGGUUGACAAGAUUAGUCGAACUUCUUCUCUACCCCUCGGCGUCUCACGGGUUAGAUCACGCGCGGGACUUUGACUCGACGACGACGACGACAACGGUCCUCUUGCCUUCUGGCGAGACGCUGAUGCUGUUUGAAGGGCAGAACGAUUGGCCUCUGUCCCAGCACCUGAAGUUCCCGUGCCUCGGUCGCGCGACGAAGCUGUACAAUGUCCAAAUUGCCCUGAGUGCACUGCAGGGCGUCAAGGGCAUAGCUCCGCUCGUGCGUGACGUUCGUGCAGAGGACAUCGUGGACGGCUUCAGAGAGAAGACGGUCAAGCUUCUUUGGGGGCUGACUAGUAAAUGGGGAUUAUGUGGACUUCUGGACUGGCAUGAUCUGGAACGCGAGGUCAAGAGACUCCGCCGACUGAGCCUGGGUAGGGCUGGUGGGGCGGGCGAUGAUGAUGAAGACAUUCUCGACGCGAUCGAAGACGAAGACGAGAACGAUCCUGUGCGAUACAAGAUGCUACUGAAGGCCUGGGCGAAAGCGGUGGCGAGGAAACACGGACUUGUAGUGAAGAAUCUCACGACCAGCUUUGCUGACGGGAGAGUGUUUGAGGCGAUUGUGGAUGAGUACGAAGGAGCAUGCCAGGUUGCGACUACCAAGGAGACAAGCGACAAGGCUGACCCCACGAUACUCGGCCUCCGUCUCAGUCUCGCAGAGAGACUGCGCCGACUAGGAUGCAGUGACCAGUUCUCAAGCCUGUUUUCGGCGGGAUCCAGCGGCACAACGCACAUCUUUGAUCGUGGCUUUGUCCUGGCUGCGCUCGCGUUUCUGUGUUCGAGGCUCUUGACGCCGUCAAAGCGUGUGAGAGCCGCGGUGACGAUUCAGAGAGCGUGGCGUGCUCGAUGGGCAAAAGUGAUCGAGGAGAGAAAGGCGAGGUUGAAGAGCAUCGCGGAACAAUGUGCUGAAGUCGUUGUCAGUCAGAAGAGUGAAGAUGUUCCCUUACAAUGGGACGAUAUUCGAGAUGGUCAAAGUGUGAUGAGGAGUGAUGAGACGAGUCAUCCAAUGACAACGGUGGUGGCAGAGACGAGUGUGGAAGAAGCUCGGCGUGCUGAGGCGACCCGGAUUCAGAAAAGUGGUGACGAGCAGGACGACGAUGAGGAUAUUUGGUUGAAUCUGUGA